AUGACAGCAGUGCUUUUCAUGCAGCUGAUAUUUAUAAAUCGCCUUAGAAAGGCGGUACGUGAGUGGUAUGAAAGCGGAGUACAAGAAGAACAAGGUCUCCACAAUUUCGUGAGACAGGAAGCGAAGAAGGUGGAGAGUAAAGUGAAAAGAAGACGGAAGGUAAAAGUGGUAAAAGCAAAGGAUCGUAAGCUCAGCAAAGAUAUCUCGGAAGGAACCAUGUCCCAAGAAACCACUGAUUUAUACAACUUUUUCGAUCCAGGGAAAAAGUUGAGUAAAGAAUCUUUGUCCAAAGAGUCGAAAGGAAAGGAGACCAUGGAGACGAGAUCGACGGAUUCCCAAGAAGAGCUUGCCAAAGUGAAAGGUUCCAGGGAAGCUCUGAAGAAAGUGGGCUUCAAAGCUGAUCAAUAG